AUGGACGUCCUGACAGUGUUUAGUCUGUGGCCGCGCCCAUUGCGGUCGUGGAGGGUACUGACAGUGUUGCUGCUCUAUCGCAUAGCCCUCUGUCUGACAUUAAGGACAGCAGAGUCGCCGGAUGAGUGGUGGCAGAGUGAGGAAGUCGCGUAUCACAUGGUGUUUGGCCGUGGCCACUUGACGUGGGAAUGGCAUGAAUUCAUUCGCUCCUAUGCCUUUCCGGCAAUCUUCGCGUGUCCGCUGUUUGUGCUCAAGUGGACAGGGACAGACACGGCAAUGACGGUGUGGGCCGCUAACCGGUGUGUCCAGGCUGUGAUCUUCUUUGCGCAGGACUGCACUAUGCUCGCCCUCGCACAGCGCCUCGACGACCUUCGAUGUGGUCUCGACUUGUCGACGUCAGGACGCGGUGCGGGAUCCUUUUCCCCCUCCUCAGCCCCCAGUAGCUCCGCAAAAACGGCGUGCGGCAUUCCGACGAUCGCGUCCACAACCCUGGCGAUGCUGGUGGUGGAGUGGUUCCUCAACAAUACAGGGGUGCGCGGCUAUUCCAACGUGGCGGAGUCUCUUUUUUUCUUGCUAUCGCUCUACCAAGCGAGGUACAGCAUGUUUCUACUCUGUGCCGGUGCGGCAUGUGCGGUACGCGCUACGGCGGCCAUAGCGGAGCUCCCGGUCUUUAUGGUACAUGUGUUUCGCCUAUGCCGCAGGAAAGGCAUCGCACGCGGCCUCGCUGUGCUCGCUCCCCUCACAGUCAGCGCCCUGGCCAGCGUGAGCGCCGCUGUGUGCCUUGUUGACUACGUCUUCUAUGACCGUCUCGUCUUCACCCCGUACAGAUUUUUGAAGUUCAACGUUCUUAUGGGCGUGAGCAAGUACUUUGGAGUGCAUCCGCCUUACUGGUACUUUGCCGUGCUGCCGGCCAUGGCGGCCCCGUUUGUCUUCUUUCUGGCAUGGGCACCCGUGUGCUGGAAGAGGAUGCAGGUGGCGGAGGGCCGCCACGUGAGCGGGUCGACGCCGUAUGCGGACCACACGUUACUUACCUGUACCUCUUCACGGACGCUGAGGCAGGAAAUAAAGCGAUGGGUGUUUGUAGGUGUGCUGUCAUUGAUGCUUUACAGUCUGGUAGAUCACAAGGAGAUGCGCUUCGUCUACUUCCUGCUCCCGAUACUGCUGGUGCUUUCGAGUGUCGUCGUGGUUGAUCUCUGCACGAGCUCUCUGUCGGCGCAGAGGAGCUCGUCUAGCGUGCAAAGUGUGCGUUGGAGCCUUGUCGUGCCGUCUGCUGCCACGGCGCGACGCCUGUUCACACUCUGCUGGGUCGCAAAUGUAGCCCUAACGAUUGCGCUCUUGUACGGCUACCGCCGCGGCAGCCCAACCCUGUGGCGCAAAAUCCGCGACGCCGACUGGCACUUUAGGCACCUGGAAGUACUCACGCAUUGCUAUGCGACGCCUGGCUUUGCGCAGCUGCAUGGCAAGGUGGAUCGACUGGAGCUGGUGGACUGUCCAGUGAAGUUAGAUCCCGUGUUAGGGGUGCGAGAGGUGACACACGACCUCCUAUUUAGGGAGCAACAGAAGGCCUACGCGUUGUGGCGCUACCUACGGCUUCCGUCGAAGCUUGACGUCGAGGAGGUUGGCAUGGAGAGUGAGAAGAAGCUUUCAAAAGGUGCGUGGUGGAGGGGGGCGCACCACCUGAUGCCAGCAGCCGAACCCCCUGUUUUGCCAGACGGCAUUGUUCUCUUCCAGAAUACCGCUACCUCACUCGAGGCAGACCUUUUGCGACCAAUGGGCUACCGCCUAAUCGCGGUCGUGUUUCACACACCGUACAGCUUCGAACCGGAUGAGGACCGCUAUCUCGAGUUGUGGUCACGGGAGGUGACGUAG